UCCUCAGUGAAAGUGAAAGCUGUGAUUUCUUCUUAAACAAUAUCAGAUAGAGAUCAGCUGAUUUUAUGAUCUGAUCCUGCAGAAGCUGCUGUUAUUUACUCUGUAUUUAGACUGUAAACACAACAGGAAAUGAUGUAAUCUAAUAAAUCACAGAUUAAAUCGUUAAAAAUAUGAUUUUCUACAGUUAUAUUUAGUGAAGAACAGACGGUCGGCUGCUACUCACCUCAGCACUCCCUGAAAUAAACAGGUUGGACUCAGACCGAGGAGAUGAAGAGCAUUCUGAAGGAGAAACGAAUCAAGCUGCCGCAGGGCGAGGGCGGGGGGCUGAGCAGCUCGGUAUCAGGAGUACGCUGGGCCCAACCGGACCAGGACCUCCAGACCCACAACUCAGCCCCCAGCAAGAGCAGCACCACCCCCCGACAAAAGGAUCUGAGGGAUCUGAGGACUCUGCAGGAGUGUGUGAAGUUCCUGAAUCAGUGGAAGCAGGAAGUGGAGCGAGUCUGUAAGCCUGGUGGUGGCGCUGUCCCUGUCUGUAGCUCUAGUGGGGAGAGUGCUGCUGAACCCCACAGUCUGGAGCAGUGUCGUAAACUCAUCCUGCAGUGGGCUGAUGAACUCAAAAACGUAAACACUCUGUUUAACGAAUUCGAAGAGCGCAGUGAGAAAGAGGCAUUCUGGGAAACAAAGGAGAACAAGGCUGACUCCGCCAUGGAGGCUGAGGAGAGAAUCAUGGAGUGGGCGAAGGAACUACAGACGGUAUCAGAGAGCUGUGGGGUGAUGAGGGAGGAGCUAGCUCAGACUCUGAGACAGUUGGAGCUGAAGAAGAAGAAGCUGCUGACCCUGCUGCCCUUCCUGGAGUUCGUCACAUGGUCUCUGCUCAAACACGACCAGGGAUUGGUUCCUCAGGUGUGGCUGCUCUGUAAGCAGCGAACCUGGAAAACAGAAACUCCAAAGUACAUCCCAAAUUCAGUGUGGACCUGGAUCUGCAGCGCUGCAGUGGACGUGUCUCUGGACCCGUUGACCAAUCACCGCUGGCUGCAGGUGUCAGAUGACCGUAAGCGAGUGCAGGAGGCUCUGGGCGAGACGGAGGCGGAGUUUAGCGGACAGCGGUUCGACGGUUGGCCGUGUGUUCUGGGCUGGCAGGGUUUCUCCACCGGGCGGCACUACUGGGAGGUCGAGCUGGCCAAUAGCGGAUACUGGCGUCUCGGGGUAACCACGGCGACGUCCAAGCGACACGGACGCGCCCCCAUGAGCCCCUGCCAGGGAUUCUGGGUACUCUGGAAGAGCACACGCCAGUUCUACGCCUGCACCAAGCCGGAGACGCCGCUGCCACUCUCUCUGGUGCCCAAGAGGGUGGGCGUCUACCUGGACAUUGAGGAGGGACAGGUGUCCUUCUAUAACGCAGAGUCACGGUCUCAUAUCUACACCUUCACCGGACACUUCAAAGAGAAACUAUACCCGCUAUUCGCACCACUGGAUGGACGUACCCUCAUGACGCUGUGGUCACCAGAAAAUGCACCAGAGCUUUAGGAAAUCCUGCCCUCUUCAGGCUCCGCCCACGAUAAUAACUAAUGCUAAAUGUAGGUGUCAAUCAGGACAAUGAGAUGUAACCUGGUUCAUGAAUUCAGCUCUCCAGUACCGAAAGCACUCAUACAGCCCCAGACCAUGAUGCUACCACCACCAUGCUUGCUUGUAGGGGUCUUGGAACUCCUCACCAGGAUGCCGCCACAUGUUGAACACCAUCUGAACCAAACAUCAUCAGUUCCAGAAUCCAUGUAAUCCAAGCUCUUGGAAUGCUGGUCUUUUUUAAAUUGUUUUGGGGCUUUAUUGUGCAUCAGCUUCAGAAGAGGCUACCUUCUAUGAGGAACAGUGCUGUGCAGACAUGGUUGAUGCGUGAUGAUCUGAUCACUGCAGUCAACUGGCCUUACACUUCUUUAAGCUCAACCUCUGCAGCAACACUGGCAGCACUCACAUCUAUUAAUUAAAGCUAAUCUCUGGAUAUUACUCUGAACACUUGAGGAAGAAUGUUCUGAGAGGAACCCAUCCUGAAAGAAAUUACUGUGUGAUCUUAAGUCAUUUUUCUGUAUCUCAGUUUCAGGGUGUAUUUAAUCUUCUUAUAGACUCGAUCAUAUUUAUAUAGAGCCAUAAUUCUGUUUCUUAUAUCCUUAGAGAUUUCUUUACCAUGAGGUGCCAUGAUGAAUAUCAAAACACUAAAUUUAACAGCCCUGCUCUUCAUUCACACCUGAGAACUUAUAACUCUUAACAAGUCUUGACACCUGGGAGGGAUAACGACGACACAAUUGCACGUGUAAUCAGCGAUUUAGACAUUCAUUUAUUUGUGUUGUGUUAUUUUCAGAGGACUGUAAAUAUAUAUUUUAAUUUUCAGACGUUUCAUUUCUAUAGUGUUUCCCAUGAAAAGAUAGAAUAAAAUAUGUACAAAACGUGAGAAGUGUACUACUAUUCAUAUUGUUUCAGAAUCUGUUGAUAAAUGGACCAAUAGAAAAUCUUUAAAUGACUUUAAAAAUACCAUAUUUUUUGGGGUUAAUAUUUCAGAACCCGUUCUCUAGAAAUACAAAAGUAGUUUAACUCAAUUUAUACAAUUUAUACCAAAUAUACCAAUGUAUAUUUUAAACAUAAUAAAGAUGAGGUUAUAUUACCAACCAUGAAGUCUGUUCUGCCUGAUUUGUAAAUAAACUUUUUGUUCUUAAAAUAAAAACAUUUGUACAAUUUGUAAAGAAACAUUUUUUU